AGUAACAGGUGAUUGCGCUGCUCUUCGAAUAGUAGAAAAAAAUAGAGUAAAAUCAACAUUGCUGUGGCUGUCAGUGAGCUGUACCACUGUAUCCUACAGGGAGAACCACACGAGCCGAUCGCCGAGUUCAUCUUUUUGCCCCGAAACUUAGAGAAAUAAAAUGGAUGGAGAAUCGACAGAGUGUACAGAAAAAAACGCUGGAGAAAACGAACCCGCUUCGUCGCCUUUGCCCGAGAACCCGAAUGAACCCACCGAUGCCCCCAUCCAUCACCCCGCUCGGAUCGUGACACCCGGUACUGGUGUGGCCAGAGCGAGGUGGACCCUUCUACGACAGGUGUUGCGUCAGAAGCAGGUGGAUAAUCCAGAGGUCAAGCAAGUGUCUGUUCGCAGGUUUGCAACCUUUGACCUUUUCGCCAGGUUAAAGGUUGUGACCCCUGACACCAAUGACCCCUCAGAUGACCCUUGGGUAGAGUACAGAAGUGUCUCCUAUCCUGAGUACAGUGCCUUCCUCAGAGACAACCUGGGGCCUCUUAGAGUUGAUGAAGUGCUCAAAAGUUUUGACAACACCGGCAAUGUCUCUGUUCUCUGUUUCGGCUGAUGGCCAGUGGACUGCAGAGGUCAGAAGGCUGGUGCCUUCCACAGAUGAGGCAACUCUUCAGAUGGAGGUUUUGGAGAUG